GUUCGGUGUUUGCAGAAGCUUCGGCGUACUGCGAGGAAAAGUUUAACAAUUAUCCGUAACUGCCGCCGUGUUUGAAUAAUAUAUUCGCCAUAGAACGUAGCAUUUGCUCAAGCACAUGCGUGAUAAAUUUAAAUGACCAGACAAUGGUGAAUCACUUUCAUGAAACCCGUAUCUCUCCUGCCCAAGAAAGACCGAAGCCUCUUUCACGCAUUAGAUUGUUGCGAUGGGACAAGUUGCAUCAGCUGCAAUGGGUUCGAUUAAGGAGCCGGUCCAUAAUUCCUCCGCAUGCAUUCGAGAUUGAAAGACGCGGGAAAACCAAACUAUACCUUGCCCGGGCGGAGUACCAGGGAUCCAUGACCCCAGGAUAUUUUGAUGCAUCGGAAAAGAAGUUUUUUAUCGUGUGGGGUGGAAAAGGACACGCUAAAGAAUGCGGAGAAAUCCUAUGCAUCCCUGGCGAAUUCGUGCCGUUUAGUGAUUCGAACACGUUGCUGCGUGCUACGCCGGCCGGUUUGUCGGAACAGGGUGAACCAUUGCACUUUGGCCGAGUGAAACACAACGGGCAGGUUUACUAUGGAAAGGUACAACGAUCCCAUGAUAGGGUGUGCUAUGUCUCUAUUGAUGGAAAAGAGCGGGCCUUCGUAGAAUACGAUGUUUUCGUUGGAUCUACCGUACAUCCCGAAGUUACAAACCCUGCAAACCUUAUCGUGCCACCAUCAACCAGUGGAUGGGUACAUUACAUUUUUGACAAUGUACCACAAAAUGCCGUCCCUGCCGUAAGCAGUACAUCAGAGAAAAUACUGUAUAUUGGCCGAACUAACCUUCACAGAAGGAUUGUUCCGGGCGUAAUUGAUCCAUCAAAAAGAACGUGCACUAUUGUUUGGGAUGGUAGGGUUUGGCCUAAAAGAGAAUUCGAAGUGCUUAUAAAUGUAAAUGGAAGGUUCGUCCCGGUGCAAAACAAUGAAAUACCACCCAAUGCCUUCCCGGCGGGUCAAUCCGAAGCCGGCGAAACUUUGUAUAUCGGACGAGUGAUAUUGGCAGGUAGUACGCUGGUGGGCAAUGUACAUCCCUCUCACAGAUGUUGUUAUGUUUCCGACAAAGGUGAUGCAAUGGGAUUUUUAGAUUAUGAAAUCUUUGUCUGUUAAUCCUUUCCGGUUGGAACUCCAAAGGAGUCUUAUUAUUUUCUUGGAACCAGAGACGACUUUGAUAUCCAAUAAAUUUACCCUAAAUGGUUCCAAAAUCAUAGAACGAAAGGGUUCGUUACCAAUAUUAUGAAUGAUAGGUACCACUUAUAACAUUAUGAAACGAUCGUAGGGCUGUUCUAGAAUAUGAUCGAAAUUGAUUGAAUAAAAUUUUUAAAUCAAGCAUGGUA